AUGGGGGAUGGAGGACCUCCGCGCCUUCCUGACCAGUUGCAAGUGCUGCUGGUGUACAUCACCGUGGAAGCCUACGGCCUACACCAUAAACAGCAGCAGCCGACACAAGCCGGAUACAGGGGCGCCGGUUUCGGUGGCUACGCUGCUGCGGGGACACCUUACGGAGGAUACGAUGACUGUACCUCUCCACCUCAGCCGUACAGCUUCGGCUACGACAACGUGGACGAGUACGGAAACCGACAGUUCCGCAGCGAGCGAGGUGACUCCAACAACGCCAAGACUGGCUCGUACGGCUACCGUGACGUCAACGGCCUCUACCGUCGGGUAAAUUACGUGGCCGAUGCGAACGGCUUCCGUGCCACCGUGGACACCAACGAGCCCGGCACCGCCCCUGGUGCCAGCGCCGACGCGGUCUUCAACGCUGCGCCAGUCAUCCCUGCGGUUCCCUCGGGUGGUCGACAGAUUGGUGCCUCUGGAGCCUAUGUCGCUGGGGCGGCGGGGCCUUACAACGCUGGUGGCUACAGCGGUUACGGCGCAUACGGAUACAACCCCUACGGAGGCGCUGCUGGAGGCUACGGAUACACCCCGUACGGACGUCAGGGUUACGUUGGCAGUAGCCCAGCACUCGGCGGAUACGCUUACGGCGGCCAAUCACCUUACGGCUACGGUGCCGCCGGCUACGCAGCGGGCAACUCGCAGGGUUUCUACGGCAGCCCAGCUGGAUACGGAAGUUGGCCUUCCGCUCACCGCGGAUACCGCCGCCGUCGUUAA